CCACUCAAGGAGUUGGAUGAUUUGCACGGGAUCUUCAUUGCUUGACCGCUGCUUUCUCUACGCUCAGCUUGUUCAAGAGCAAUUGCUCCUCUCUGCCCUUGGCUUGUCCACCUUAUCCCCGAAUGAUUGCUCUGUUUAAAAAUUCUAUUCAUCUCGCACAAUGACCCGAACCACAGAGGAUGUCAAAUACGAACAUCCCUUGUGGGACCGCAAAGGCUUCGAUGGGGCCGACGACGGUAGACCCACGAUCGACGGGGACACUGCACGCCCGAAGGGACGGAUCCGACGAUCGAUGACCGCCUGUAAUACCUGUCGCAAGCUGAAGACCAGAUGCGACCUUGAUCCACGCGGCCACGCAUGUCGUCGCUGCCUUUCGCUCAGAAUCGAUUGUCAGCUGCCCGAGACGGCCGACCGCUUCCAAGACACUUCGUCAAUGUGGUCGGAAGCGACGACGGCAAUCCCGUCCAUCGAAGAGCGGCUGAUCUCUUUAGAAAAGAACAUGAAGGAGAUGACCGGGUUGCUUCAGCAGAUGCUGAGCCAAGCACCAAACCUCUCCGGCAUCCAGGCGCCCCAAUUAGCACGUAGCGUUCACACGGAUGACUCGUCCACCUCUAUGGACGGCGUCUCAUCCCCUCAUUUACCCAGACCGGUUCGUCUCAUACAGGACCUUCAAUCCGAGUUGAUGAGAGACACCGGGGGCUUCCGUGGUGACGGCCUUUCUCUGAUCGACCAUGUCCCCCAGGGUGCCAUUGAUCCCAAGCUAUCGCAGAGAUUGAUCCAACUAUUUGUAGAGCACUUUGGCCGCUGGAUCUCGGUAUACAACACUACAGACCUGCAUGACCUUCAACGGGCCAAUCCUUUACUUUACAGCGCCGCCUGCUUGCUCGGGUCGCGAUAUGUACCUGGACUACCAUCGGCCGUCAGACAGGCCAUCGGUCUCCAGGUGCGACAGGCAGCGGCCAGUAUCGUAUGGGAACGUCCCCCACUGACUCACGAGUCGCUGCAAGCACUGGUGCUUCUCUGUUUAUGGCCGGCGACCGUCCAAAAAGAGCCACCGAUGGAUAGCUGGGUCCUGAGCGGGAUCUCCGUUCAGCAUGCGACCAUCUCCUUUGGCUUCUUGAACUACGCUCCCACCGAGCUGAUGGUCAAUGAUGAGACGGCCGUCCAAUUGCGCCUCUGGAAUGCGGUCUGUCUGACGCAGCUACAUCAUUCUGUUGGCAAUGCCCGUCCACUGCAAAUCCAGCAACGUCACCUGGACCACUGUCCCCGCAUCCUGGACCACCCGGCUGCGACAUUAGAAGAUGCUCGGGUAGUUGCGGAGAUCCAACUACACCUGAUUACCUCUAAGAUCCAGUGUAAUCCGCUCCUGAUGCAGACCAGCGAUGUGGAAUUCGAGGAGCUCGAACGGUGGAAGAUGAAGUGGGCCCACUUGCUCGCUGGCGAUGCACAGUCUACCCUCGAGCUCAGCCUCUGGUUCUGCCAGAUCCUGCUCCACCGCACGACCAUGCGAGUGCAGCGACAGCGCCCCGAAGAUCACCGCCUGCCGACCGAGAUCCUUCACAACUCACGGUUCAUCCUCAACAAAUUUCUGCGGACACCAUUCUCAACCGCGUUGUCGGCCAUCGACCACGUUUACUUCGUGGUGGGCUACGCCGCACUGAACCUGUGCGAUUUCAACUUCCUCGACCCGCUCAUCGACCAGACCCAAGCCUUCCUACUACAACUCGGGCCGGAUGAGAGCCAUAUCGCCUACCGGUUCGCAUUCAUGAUCUCGGAGUUUAAGCGCCGCUGCACAGACUGCCACGAUGCUGCCUCGUCGGUCUCCUCGUCGGGCAUCGUCGACGGCUCGCAGUCGCCGUUCGAGCCCAUGUCAAGCAUGUCGCAGGCGCCGCCCUUCCUGCCCCAGCUCGUGUCAGAUGGCGACGUCGCCGGCCUGAUGAUGGACGGUGGCGGGUACGCCGUCCUAGACCAGCUGGUGCCGGAGUUUCUAGGCGCCUCUUCAUACCCCGGCCACAGCGCCGCCGGCGGCGGUGUGCUAGGGCCCAUCACUUGUGUCGGGGCCGAGGUCCCCGUCCCAGUGGGCCCAUAUCGAGCGGCCAGCUUUUAGCGCCAAACACAAUCUGGGAUGGCUGGCGGUAGACUAUUGCCUUUUACGGAAAAUAAGGAUCAUGUGGUGUUCAUUUGGGCUUGCAUCUUGUUUUGUUUUUUGACCCGCAUAUACGAACGAAGUAAGCUGGUCUUCUUCGGUUGUGGCUGUCAAA